CAGUUGCGUGUGUGAAUGAACCAAUGGGAGCUCGAGAGAGGCGGGACUUCGGCAGUAACACAGACAUGUGUACACAGGGAAGCAGGAAGUGAAGCUGUUCAGUCGGUGUCUGUAAACAGCACCAUGAUUGCAGGUGUCAGUCCUGUAGUUCAGGCCCUGCUGGGGACCCUGUUCACCUGGGGCCUCACCGCAGCUGGCGCCGCUCUGGUCUUCAUCUUCUCCAGCAGACAGAAGCGUAUCUUGGAUGGCAGUCUGGGAUUUGCCGCAGGGGUCAUGCUGGCGGCGUCCUAUUGGUCUCUCCUGGCUCCUGCUAUCGAAAUGGCAGAGGAGUCUGGGAAAUAUGGCGACUUUGCCUUCUUCCCUGUCGCUGUGGGUUUUACACUCGGGGCUCUGUUCGUUUACAUCGCAGACCUGAUGAUGCCUGUUCUGGGUGUCGGAACGGACCCUCACAUGGCUCUGGCGUCUGAUACCAAACUGGCCAAAGAGAAGAAGAAGAGCUCGAUGGUCGGCCUGUCAGAGGAGGAGGAGGAGCUGUCCAUCAGGAUAGGUAGAGCAGGAGUUCACUCAGAUAAAAUUGAGAAUGGAGAGGUGUAUCAGAGACGCAGGGGUCCCAACACUGGAAACACAGAGGAGCAUGAAGUGAGUCCUAAAGCACAGGAAGUGAGCGGUCAAACAGGAAGCAGCUGGAGGCGAAUCGUUCUGCUGAUCCUGGCCAUCACCAUACACAACAUUCCCGAGGGUUUGGCUGUUGGCGUGGGCUUCGGAGCGAUCGGAAAAACUCCCUCAGCUACGUUUGAAAGCGCCAGAAAUCUGGCUAUAGGCAUUGGCAUUCAGAACUUUCCAGAAGGCCUUGCCGUGAGUCUCCCAUUGCGGGGUUCUGGGGUGUCCACAUGGCGAUCCUUUUGGUACGGGCAGCUGAGCGGGAUGGUGGAGCCUCUGGCGGGGUUGCUAGGGGCGGUUGCCGUGGUGCUGGCGGAGCCGUUGCUACCGUACGCCCUGGCCUUCGCCGCAGGAGCCAUGGUGUAUGUGGUGGUCGACGACAUCAUUCCUGAAGCACAAGUCAGCGGGAACGGGAAACUGGCCUCAUGGACGUCCAUUCUGGGCUUCGUCGUGAUGAUGUCACUGGAUGUGGGGCUCGGCUGAGCCGUUUCAUUGGACGAAUCGAAUCUCAGCUGACUGCACUGAAAAAAAGUGACCAAAGCAGCCUUUUUCUCGGUGUAUAUGUUUAUUAAUCAAUGGAAUAUUUUUCUACUUAAUGUAUUUUAUGUGAUUUUUUUUUUUUUUUGUUAUUUUAUUUGGAAUCCCGUUUCUGCCACUGAAUAAAAAAUAGUUUAUAUCACAAUUCUGACUUUUUUCUAAGAAAUGUUUGAUGUAAACUCAAAAUUCUGAGAAAUAAAGUCAGAACUGUAAGAUAUAAACUCGCAAUUGUGUGGAAAACAUUAAAUUCUGAGAUAUUAACUCAUAAUUCUGAGAAAUAUAGUAGCAAUUGUCCUCAUUAUUGGACUUUAUAACUUGCAGUUGUGAGUUUUUAUUUCAUAAUUUUGUGAAAUGAAGUCCGAAUUGCAAGACAAAAGUCCGAAUUGAGAGAUAAAAACUCGCAUUUACCUUUUUUAUUUUUUAUUCAGUGGUGGAAAGUUUUAUGAUUGACUCACGGACCAAGUUUAUUUAGACAGGGUGGAAAGAUUGAUUUUAAAAUACUUGAAAAAUUAUUCAAACUUGAAUGCGUGACUUAAGGGAUUGUUUAGGUGAGUGUGUGUUUGUGUGUUGGUGAGUGUUUUCCAUCAUUAAUUUAAAGACCACAUGUUCUCAAUAUUGUUGUGCGCUCAUUUGAAUGAAAAGCAAUGGUGACUAAAUAAAUCAGCUGUUUUUGAGCUAGUCUUUCCAGUCAGCUGUUCACUUUCAGGUUAUGAAAUGAAGUUGUCUUUUUACGGACAAUGUUUUUUUUCUUUUGAAUUGCUGAUGAUUACAGAUUUUAUGCAACAAGACUAUGAAUAGUAAGGUCAAAUGUAAGGUGAAAAUUCACAUGUAAAUGAUGUAAAAUGACUACACUGUACAACCUGUUUGUGUUCAUUUGUUCUGCACUGUGUGUGAAAGACGUUGAACUUUUUAAUUUCAUUUGCAUAAAUAAGGAGAAAUAAGUAAUAAACUGAUUUUCUAACUGCU